GCCUCUGAACUUGACACGGAUUGUAUCGGAAAUGACGCGGGGAACGAAAUAACGUCCGAGUAGAAUGUUGGAACCGUGUAAAGAAGAUAUCGGGGGCUGAAGCCAAGAAUCAUGGGAGUCGCGGUCCACCUGGCACUGAUGGCCUGGGCUUUGCUGGGCUGGUCUCAGGCAGCCGAGAGGCCUCCCUCUCUGAGCGUGGCGGUCAUCCUCGGAGAGACACGCAGCGUUCCGGAGCGGGCGCUGCGCCCGGCCCCGGGCGUCGGGGCACCGCUGGACGUGAGCGUGCUUAGCGUGCAGGUGAACCACACGGACCCGGGCAGCAUGCUCACCCACCUCUGCCAGCUAAUGGCGCGCCAGCGGUUGCACGGUCUCGUGUACGGAGACGGCACCGACCAGGAGUCCAUCGCCCAGAUGCUGGACUUUGUCUCUUCCCAGACAGCCAUGCCCAUCGUCGGGAUCCACGGUGGGGCCGGCAUGACCAUGGCCGAGAAGGACGCCAGCUCCUCCUUCUUCCAGUUCAGCGCCUCCCUCCAGCAGGAGGCGCUGCUCAUGCUGGCCGUCAUGGAGGAGUACGACUGGCACGUCUUCUCGGUUGUGACCACCAGGUUCCCCGGCCACCAGGAGUUCGUCUCGACCAUCCGCGCCACCGUGGAGCACAGCUUCGUGCGCUGGGACCUGCAGAGCGUGGUGACGCUGGACGGCGUGGGCGAGCCCGAGGACCGAGCCCACGUGCAGCUCAAGCGCAUCCAGUCGCCCGUCAUCCUGCUCUACUGCUCCAAGGACGAGGCCGAGCUGGUGAUGGUCGAGGCCCGUUCGCUCGGGCUGGUGGGCGCCGGCUUCGUGUGGAUCGUCCCCAGUCUGACGUCGGGGAACCCGGAGCGGACGCCCGAGGCUUUUCCGCCGGGCAUGAUCUCCAUAGCGUACGACGAGUGGGACUAUCCUCUGGAGACCCGGGUCAGGGACGCGGUGGGAAUAUUCAGUUAUGCAGCGGCUGCCAUGUUUCAGGAGCAGGGACGCAUACCGGACGGGACGGUGAGCUGUUCGGGGCAGCCGGAGAAGUCGGACGUGCCACCCAGUGCUCUGCGCAGGUACAUGAUGGGCGUCACUCUGGAGGGCAGAGAUCUGUCAUUCAUGGACGACGGCUACCAGGUCAACCCCAAACUGGUGGUGGUGGUUCUGAACACAGAGAGAGAGUGGGAGAAGAUGGGCCAGUGGGAGAACCACUCCCUGAUCCUGAAGUUCCCCGUGUGGCCGCGCUAUAACUCCUUUGGGGACGCGGAGGCGGAUGAGAACCACCUGAGCAUCGUGACCCUGGAGGAGAAGCCCUUCGUGAUCGUGGACGACGUGGACAUUCUGACCGGGACCUGCAUGCGCAACUCCGUCCCCUGCAGGAAACACAUCAAAGAUAACUCCACCGGCGGCUCGUACAUUAAACAGUGCUGUAAAGGUUUCUGCAUCGACAUCCUGAAGAAGAUUGCCCGGAACGUCAAGUUCACCUACGACCUUUACCUGGUCACCAACGGCAAACACGGCAAGAAGAUCAACAACGUGUGGAACGGGAUGGUGGGAGAGGUCGUUUACAAGAAAGCGGUGAUGGCUGUGGGUUCGUUGACCAUAAACGAGGAGAGGUCGGAGGUCAUCGACUUCUCUGUACCUUUUGUUGAGACGGGGAUCAGCGUGAUGGUGUCCCGCAACAACGGCACUGUUUCACCCUCGGCGUUUCUGGAACCCUUCAGCGCGUCGGUGUGGGUGAUGAUGUUCGUGAUGCUGCUCAUCGUCACGGCGAUCGCGGUCUUCCUGUUCGAGUUCAUCAGUCCACUGGGCUUCAACCGAAAUCUCGCCCAGGGCAAAGACCCCCACGGUCCGUCCUUCACCAUCGGUAAAGCUGUCUGGCUUCUGUGGGGUCUGGUAUUCAACAACUCUGUGCCAGUCCAGAACCCUAAAGGCACCACCAGUAAGUUCAUCGUGUCCGUGUGGGCCUUCUUCGCCGUCAUCUUCCUGGCCAGUUACACUGCAAACCUGGCCGCCUUCAUGAUCCAGGAGGAGUUUGUGGACCAGGUGACUGGCCUCAGUGACCGGAAGUUCCAGAGCCCAUACUCCUUCUCACCACCGUUUCGGUUCGGUACGGUCCCGAAUGGCAGCACUGAGAGGAACAUCAGAAAGAACUACCCAGAUAUGCACCAGUACAUGGUCAAAUACCACCAGACUGGAGUCCAGGAUGCACUGGUCAGCCUUAAGACUGGCAAACUGGACGCGUUUAUCUACGACGCCGCCGUGCUGAACUACAUGGCAGGACGAGACGAUGGCUGUAAGCUGGUGACCAUCGGCAGCGGUUACGUCUUCGCCACCACCGGUUACGGCAUCGCCCUUCAAAAAGGAUCAUACUGGAAACGCCUGGUGGAUCUCGCCAUUCUUGGUACCAUCGGGGAUGGUGAGAUGGAGGAACUCGAGGCCCAGUGGCUGACGGGUAUCUGCCAUAACGAGAAGAAUGAAGUGAUGAGCAGUCAGCUGGACGUGGACAACAUGGCUGGAGUGUUCUACAUGCUGGCGGCUGCCAUGGCCCUUUCCCUGCUCACCUUCUGCUGGGAGCACCUCUUCUACUGGCGUCUCCGUUACUGCUUCACUGGUCUUUGCUCCGGACGGCCGGGACUUCUCUUCACCAUAAGUAGGGGUAUCUGGAGUUGUAUUCAUGGCGUUCACAUUGAGAUGAAGAAACUUCCCGUGUUGGAUUUCAGUCCUCAAGCCAACAUGCUGCACCUUCUAAAAUCGGCCAAGGAGAUUACCACUUUAGGGGUGACCUCUCCAAAGCGUCCAGUGACCAGUAUGCUUCCCCAUAGCCCUGGAAUACUGGACUUUAUGACUGGGAACAAAGGCAACAAUUUGACUCCGAAAGACGUCCUCUACAACAACACCAACCCCAUGCUUGUGAACCGCCUCAAAGAACCUCUCAACAAUGUCCUUUUGCCUGGCCAACGGGCACUUCCCCAACCUGAUCCCCAGGCUAAUGUGGCUGGCAGUAGUGGCACCGGAGGCAGUGGAGACUCAGCAAUAGUUCCCGCCUCAAAGACCCGGGCUCUUUGGAAAAAGUCAGUCGAAACUCUGCGACAGACUCAAGAGCCGAACGAUGAUUCGCCACCUUCCGUUGCCCCGCCCUCAGUCUUUGAGCCACUCGCAGCCAUGAAGAGCCAGCGGUAUCUGCCCGAAGAUCUACCCGCACGCUCCGACGUGUCCGAUUCGUCCGGCCGCGUGGACCUCCAGAAGCAGCACAAGGUCAAAGAGACGCUCCGAAAGCGCAACCGCCUCCCACGGGACAUGAGCGACGUGGAACUAUCCACGCUGCACAGCCAGGCUAGCCAGCAGAGCAACCACAGCAACCAGGUCUACUCGCAGAGCAGCCAGGGCAGCCAGAUCUACACUAUCGACUCGGUGGACCAGGAGCACGGCAUGCACUACCCGGACAUCUUCAGCGAGCACAGAGACAAUAAGCAUCACCCGCCUCCGUCGUCUGAGCAACAGCCCAUCAUACAGCUCAACAGCAACGCGCUCCCUCAGACUCAAGAGCCGGACGUUAUGCAAAACCCCUCCGCUGCUUCGAAGGAGAAGAAGUACAAUACCUACGGCAAGCCUGGCGGGGUAGGAAUCAGUCACGGAGGGACCGGAUCUACCCAGGACCAUCGACAAACCCACUGCCGUAGCUGCCUUUCCAAGUUCUCCAACUAUUCUGGGCUUUACACCAUGCGGCCUCCUCAGUACCGCUGCGAGGCCUGUUUGCAUUCCGCCAACCUGUAUGACAUCAGCGAGGAUCAGCUCCUGCACCCUAACAUGGGUCACAUCCGAGGAGGCAGCGUGGACCGGAGCUUCUGUGCGUUUCUGCCGCACCCCAACACUUCCUUCACAGCCUACCUACCCCAGAGCGACCAGGAGGGCGACGGGAUCAUCACCCACUAUCAAGACGAGGGCGCGUUCGUCCAUCGCCAGCACUCCUACGAGAACCUGCCCCAGAAGAAUUCCUCACGGCGUGUAAGUCUGCAGGAUAGCACCCCGUACGCCAACCUGCACACCUCCACCAUGAUCCCCGAUAAGCUCCCGAAGAGCCAGUCGGCACAUCUCAACCACACGCUCGCCGGGGUCGGUGUCGGCGUUACGGAGCUCGGCAUCGGCCGGCGCACUAAAUCCAUGUACCCGGCCCGGCCGACCGAGAACCCUUUCUUACAGACGCUCCGGGACGACCAGCGCCUGGCUCACGGGCGCAGCGCCACAGACAUUUACAAACAGCUGGUGCCGCUCACAUUAAAUCCCAUUACCGACGGCAAGGGGCUCGGCAUGGCGGUGGUGACCCCCGACCUCUAUUACACCGAGCAGAUCAUGCCUUAUGUAGCCCCUCUGCCACUCGGCUCCUACCCGGCCCCUAGAGCAAUGAGCGCUGGCGGUGCACGACGCGUCUACAAGAGGAUGCCCAGCAUCGAGUCCGACGUCUGAAAGACUAAAUCAACUGUGAAACC